CACUAACUUUAUUCUUUCCUGUAAAGCAAGAAGAAAAGGGAUGUCUGAAAAUUAAACAAAGUUUCAUCGUCAGUAAGCACUAGCGUAGUAUGUGGGAAGGCUGAAUUAGGGGCUAUAAAUAGGGUCGUCCUGCACCUGUCUCCCUCCCUUUUCCCUCUCCCGCCACUCGCACCACACCCACACGUUUCCCAAUUACCCUUCUGCCCCUGCCCCUGCCUUGAGCUUCUCCCAUGUCUGCCCUGGAAAUGCCCGUCCUGCCCCCCUUCUUCCCCGGCCCCGACGACAUCGACGCCUUCCUCGCCGACUUGGGCUUCGACGACGACCACGAAGCGCCGACCCCGCCGCCGGCACUCUGCACGUCGCCGGAGGAGGACCAGACCUCGGCGGGCUCGGCCGGAACCGUAGGCGCCGCCACAGACGCCGGAGCCGGGGGCGACAGGGAGCGGCUGCGGCGGCUGCGGCGGCGGAUCUCGAACCGGGAGUCGGCGCGGCGGUCGCGGACGCGGAAGCAGCGGCACCUGGAGGAGCAGCGGGCCACGGAGGCGGCUCUCCGGGCCGGGAACCGCGACCUCGCCGCGCGCCUCCGCUCCGCCAGGGCGCGCGCCGCCGCCGCGCACGUCGCCAACGCCAGGCUUCGCUCCGAGGCGCACGCGCUGUCCCGCCGCCUCGCCGCCGCCCGCCGCGCCCUCGCGCUCAGGCUGCAGUACCUCUCCUCCGUCUCCGUCUCCGGCGCCGGCGGGCUGUUCGACAUGCAGCAGACUGCUGCUGCUAUGCAACAGGAUGCGUUCUUCUCUUUUUCCUGUUGACCUGGUCAACCAUUCUAGAACUGAACGGAAGAACGAACGAACGGACUGCCAACUGCCCAUUGAACGACGAACUAGAUCGAUCUCACAAACCUAAUUAAGUAGAGAAGAUAAUAUAUAUCCCUCUCCGUUUGGGAUAAAAUUUGCCGAGGAAAAAUGGUUCAGAAAUGUUGAAGAGAAAUUCAUGGCACGCAGCAGCAGCAACAACAUGUUUGCAGAAGCAAGCAAAGCAUAUAAUAUACUCACUCACUCCUGUUUGGAUGGUAGUAGCUGACAAGGCUCGAUCGCUCAGGCCGUUGGAUCGGGAACGGACGGCCAGGAUCGAUCGGUCUAGCGUGUUAGGCACUUGUCGCACUCCAUCGGAAUUUUGCAUAUAUGCUUUUGUGUGCCCAAGUACUGAUUGAUUAAUUCUUCUGUCGUUGAAUUGAAUGGAUGUCCUUUUCGAACCAA